AUGGAUGAUCACGUUGCAAAAAAACAGAAAAAAGACUCGAAUUACGACACUGCGUGGUUGACUGAUUUUUUUGUCGCUAAAUAUGAGGACACUUCCAUGUGUCUUUUAUGCGGUUUAAUUUUUCAACUUAAUGAUCAAGUAAAAAUCAAAAACCACUUCAAUGCUUGUCACAGUGAAUACGACAAUGACUUUCCGAAAGAUUCCAGAGAUCGUUCGACGAAAAUUUGUAGUCUACUUCAGUGCUACCCUAUGCUUCCAAAACCUCAAUACGGCACGGUGGUAAUGCUUGACAAUAUGUUUACUGAAACUGACAAAUCGGCUCUGGAAUUCUCUUAUAAAGUCGCUUACUUGCUGGCUCGAUCUGAAAGACCACCCGACGACGGAUCAAAGUUUGCCGAGGAUCUGAUCUACCUGUUUAUUAACUACGCGUGCAACCAAGACAAUGAAGUCAAAACAGGACUCAUGAAAAAAUUGCACAAUGUACAGCUCUCCGUUCCGACAAUGCAAAUCAGAGUCCAUGCGAUCAGAGCUGAAAUAUUGAAGCAGAUUGAUGCCGAUUUGGAAAGAUGCGAAUGGUUCUCGUUGCAGUUCAGCAAAUAUGAAAGUAUAAACACGGCAAGCCCGCCUCUGUGCAGUGUCUAUGUACGAAUGGUAUUUCAAGAUUUCUAUAUAACCGAGGAACUACUCAAAGUGAUUCCCUUAAAUGCGAUGAAACUAAAAGAUCAGGAUGGGUUUGAAAAACUGAAGAAUUUUCUCACUAGCAAGAAGAUUCAGUUGAAAAAAUUGGUCGCUGUAACUGCAUCCACAGCGUGUAAAGAGUUUAUUCAAUGCUUCAAGGAUGAUUCAGACUUUUCGCACGUGCUAACAUUUCACUGUGUCACCGAAGAGCUGGUUUUGGCUGCCAGCGCUCUGCAGAUGUCGUGGGUUUUCAACCCGAUCGUCAACAUUGUGAACACUAUUCGAGGCUCGGUGCACCUUAAGGCCACGGGAAUCUUGCCAGAAUUGUUGACGGAGAUCGAAGCAAUUCCUAAAGAUUCUUUGAGCUCUAAGGAAGAAUCAAUGUUGUUCGAAGGGAGACUGUUACUGAAAAGGUUUCAGGAAGAUCUGCUGCAGGUGAGAGCUUUCUUACAGUCGAAGAGAGUCCUUUGGAAGUACCCUGAACUCCAAAUCAAGGAGUGGCAGAUGGAUUUGGCAUUUGCAGUCGAUAUCAGUCAGCAUCUACAUAACUUGAAGGUGCAGUUAGAAGGGAAAAGUGUGGUUGAGCCGCAAAUUUUCAAUCUAUACGAGUAUGUGAAGUGCUUCCAACAAACAGCAGGGCUGUAUGCCGAACACUUGCACAAAAAUAAACUGUCUGCAAAUAUUUUUAAACACUUGACCAAGACCGUGGAUGAAAUGGACUCAGCGAUAAUUUUCAAUGGAGAGCGCUUUGCUCGACAUUUGGAGAUACUUAAAGCAUCGUUCGAGUCAAGAUUCAAAGACUUCAAAUAUGUAGAGAAAAUCGUCAAAUAUUUCAGUUGUCCCAUUUUUAACUGUGAUGACACUGUAGAGCAGGAAAUUACUUCCGAAAUUUACAAUGUCUUUCCUGAUUUGUCGGACCCAUUUCUCAUUUCCAGGGAAGUUGUUAGCAUCGCCCAUGACGAAAACGCUCGACGAAUGUUAUUUUCAAUAGCUCAAGAUGGUAAAAAUAUUGAGCAUUUUUGGUCUGCAAUUAAUCAAGAUGAAUACCAAACUCUUGUAAAGACUUUCAGAAGAUUAAUGUCCUGCUUUGGUUUUACUCAGUUGUCUCGAAAUCUAUUUUCCUCCAUGGAACGCAUCAAGUCAUCGCUGAGGUCGCGAACUGCAACCGAUAAAUAUUUAAAUGAUGUAUUAACCAUUUCUUCAACUUCUUACCGUCCGGACAUAGAGAAAUUAUGUGAAACUAAUUAA